CUUGGUUGUGCGACGCUGUCAAGCCAUCCAUGUGCAAUUCACAUGAGCCCCAAAGGGGCUCUAGCGUUGUUCGUGUUUGCCAUGGGCCUAAAGUCGGCACGACCAGGACGAUCAUUGAAUUUGUCUCGAGGCAAGCCAGCGGCUGCCCCUCGAGCCUCUAGCACCGCUUCAAGCAGCAGUAGCAGCAGCAGUAGCAGUGACAAGAGCGAGGAGAGUGAGGAGGGCCGAGGCUAUUGCUGCUAUGUACUUCGUUCCUUCAGUGGUUCUCGCACCUACACCGGCAUCACCACAGAUCUCUCCAGACGUUUGAGGCAGCACAACGGGGAAAUCCGCGGAGGUGCCAAAGCGACUCGCAGCGGAGGUCCAUGGAAUGUGCUUUGCGUGGUGCAUGGCUUCCCCAGCAAGUUGGACGCCUGUCGCUUCGAAUGGCGAGCCAAACGGCAGGACGCCGUGCGGAGCCGCAAACUGAUCCCGGUGAAGGGCGGCUUGCCACGGCGUUGCGCCAACAUCCAGAAAGUCUUGUGCUUGGAGCGUUGGACGAAGGCCAGCCGCCCUGCAGCUGAGAUGCCCUUGCAGGUCACGUGGUUUGCUGGUGCUCCAACGACGGGCACCCCGUUACCCACCUACAUCACUGAGGAACACGUGGAGGAAAACUUUGAGGCAGAGCGUCCAAAGCGAAAGCGGACUGAGACUGACUCGGGUCCAAAGGGGCCACAAAAAGCGGAGCUCCAGGUUUUGUCUAUUCAAUGA